AUGAAUGAAAGCAUCGAAACGCUAGCGCCAAAAAUCACUUGCGAGAAACCCGGUUCUUUUGCCUAUGCAACUGCUUUGGAAAGAUGGCCGAAAAUUCUUGGUAAAAUCGUCGAUCAUUUUCAUCGAAAUCGACCAAAAUUGAUGAAGGAAUAUGGAGAGGAAGCUGACGCUGAUGUAAAACUUGUUAUUCACGAUCUCUCGGAAAUGCGAUACAGAAUGGGCACUGAUAAACCUAUUGAGAAUCUUAACGACAACUUUUAUGAUGUUGACGAGUGGAAUAAAAUGUGCGAAGCUUUCAGGGAACAGGAUGAGCAACGUUUCACUUGGUUCAAACACGAUUGGCUUUUCGUCGAGUGUUACCUCUAUCGGAAAGUUUACAGUGCCGUGCAAAAGACGAAACUCUUGAGAGACUAUGAUUGGUUUGCUGAACAGAAAGAUGAUAGCUUAGAAGAUCACAUUGAGCAAACGAAAGAGUUGCUUGAGUUUUUACACGAGAAAUGCCAAAAGAAAGAAACACACGAGGAGAUUCGAUCGGAAUUGAUCACUUUGCUCAAGAUCUCACUCUGGGGAAAUAAAGCCGAUCUCUCGCUUUCCGGUGGAGAAAAAUCGCAACAAGCAAAGUCUCCAGUGGAAUCGGCGGCAGCUCGAGACGAGUAUCUCUUAGUGGAUCACUUCGAGAAAGUCGCUGAUCAUUUAAUGAACUUAAAAGGAAAUCGUCAAGUUGACAUUAUUCUCGACAAUGCUGGUUUCGAGUUGAUGGGCGAUUUGAUGAUCGGUGAAUUCCUUCUCGCUCACAAGUUGGCCGAUCGAGUCGUCUUUCAUGGAAAGGAAUACCCGUGGUUUGUUUCGGAUGUAAUAAAACGGGAUUUCGUGUGGACUUUCGAUCGUCUCACCAAAAUCGAUCAACAACACUCGAAAUGGGCUGGGGAUUUGUGGAAACAAAGACUUCAAAAUAACUCUUUCACCUAUAAAGCCGACCAUUUCUGGACAACUCCUUACGCUUUUUACAAUAUGGAAAAACAUGCUCCCGCUUUAUACAAAGAUCUCUCGCAAUCGUCUCUUUUGAUCUUUAAAGGUGAUCUCAAUUUUCGCAAAUUAACCGGUGAUCGAUAUUGGCCUCAUGUAACACCAUUUGAGGUAACUCUCCGCGGCUUCAAACCGUGUCCCCUUCUUGCUCUUCGUGCGAUGAAAGCUCAAACAGCACCUGGACUCACUGAGGAAACUGUGGCAAAAAUGAAAGCGAAAUUCGGCGAAGAUUCAUACGAAUGGAUGGUCACUGGGGAUUAUGCUGUUGCUCAAUUGGCUGAA